GAAAAUUACCUUUAUGAGCAAAAGAGUUCUACUUUCAUAUUGGAUCAGCACUUUAGCAAUGAAGACGGCUUGUAUUGCAUAAUCCGUCAGUAAUCGAGCCGAAAUGAAUGAAAAAUGUGUAAAUAAUUAAAAUGGUAAUGAAACUGAUAAAAGACAGAUUAAACCAUGUUGAAAUUUCUGACAGCCAGAGAAUGGGGUGUAGAUGGUCCUGCUAUUCUGAGACGUACCGAGUCAACAAAACGAGCAUGUUCAUUAGAAUUAAGUAAACACAGGGACAUAGAGUCAGUUUUUUAUGGUGGAAUCAAUUCAUUAGAUAUAGAUCCGGUGGAAUCAAGAUAUUUGGUUUCGGGAACUGUUGUUGGGUCUUUGCACAUACAUGACCUAGCAAACCAUUCUGGAGAGGUGAAGCAUACCAAAAAAGCAGUUUGUAAUGUCAGUCGAUCUAACCCCUAUAAACACAAACACAGCGUGGAGACUGUGCAGUGGUACCCUUUGGAUACUGGGAUGUUUCUUUCCAGUGGAACAGACAAAACUCUCAAGAUAUGGGACACAAAUAGCAUGAAACCUGCAGAUGAGUAUGAGUUUAGUGGUAUCGUCUACAGUCAUCACAUGUCUCCAGUAGCCACAUCACAUUGUUUAGUGGCCGUGGGGUGUCACAGUUCUACGCUGAAAUUGGUGGAUCUCAAGUCUGGAUCCGCUACUCACAUGCUUAAAGGACACAAGAUGUCAAUACUGACUGUAAAGUGGUCACCCAAGAAUGAAUUCUUGCUGGCAUCUGGCAGUGAAGACAACAGAGUACUUCUGUGGGACAUUAGAAGUUCUAAGGGAUCACUGAUGACUCUAGACCAAUUCAAUGGACAGGAGGUUCCUACCUUUUUUAGUGCAUGCACCGCUCACAGUGGCUAUGUCAGUGGGAUGUCAUUUACAAUGGAUGGUCUGCACUUAGUAACAUCUGGUACAGACAACAGAAUAAGACUGUGGAAUAUCGAUACAGGAAGAAACACUUUGGUGAAUUAUGGGAAAAUUCAUAAUGAGACUAGAAAAUCCUUGCAAUUUGCAGUUUCUUGCUGGUGCAAAUCAGAUCUGAUUUACAUUCCUGAUGAAUACUGUAACAUACAGGUCUAUGAGAUGUUCACAGGGAGAAAAAUUGACACCCUGCGUGGUCAUCUUCAGCAGGCCAACUGUUGUGUGUUCCAUCCAGAUUACCAGGAACUGUACAGUGGUGGAAAUGACCGGAACAUUCUUAUAUGGGAACCAGAAUCAGACGGUGCUUAUGACAACCAUCUGAAGGAACAGAGUUCUAAGAAAGUGACACAAAAUAAAAAAUUUGUCAGCAGAAUAGCUGCCACAGCAGACGCAUGGAGUAGUGAUGAAGAAACUUGAAAAUAAAAGUACGAUGUACAAGAAUAAAUAGAAUGCAAGUGUCAAAGUGAAAUAACAUUUAUUCUUCACUUUACCACAUCAGAUCCUGCCCAUGGACAAAACUGAAUCAGCACAAGGACAAAAAUGGGUGUAGAAAAAAAUCAGUCACUGGAAUACAAAAACUUUUGAUUCAAGUAUUUCACAGCCCACAAAGACAAAACCAUGGUUUUGAAUGGAGAAAGGACUGAUAAAUUGUCAUAUUUUCUCAGAAAGAUGACUUAUGUGAAUAAAUUUGUAACCAUA